AUGAACAUCCGCCCUUUAUUAAUGACUAACAAACAUCGCGAUUAUCAAAGGAUACUAUGGCGCACCGAUUCUAAUCAACCCAUACAAAUAUAUCGUCUAAACACAAUCACAUACGGAACGGUGCCCACAUCAUAUUUAGCGACAGGUUGUUUACAAGUGUUGGCCGAAACGGCACGCGAACAAUUUCCAUACAUCACACCUAUUAUUAACCACGCUUUUUACAUGGAUGACUUACUAACUGGGGCCGAUACGGAACAGGAGGUGACUAAAAUACGCGAUGGCUUGAUCACAGUCAUGAGCAGUGCUGGCCUAACAUUGCGAAAAUGGUCAUCCAACGAUACAAGUUUAAUAACAAGUCUACCUAACGAAGACAUAGAAAUAUCAAAUAAAUACGAGCUCGAUCAUUCGUUAAAAAAAAUACUAGGUUUAUUUUGGGAUGCUACGUCCGAUGAAUUAAAAUAUAAUGUGCACGAAACCAAAAGGUUAGAGGGGAUGGCUGUUACUAAGCGAGAAAUGCUGUCCGAUAUAGCUGCAAUUUUCGAUCCGUUGGGUUUAGUCGGACCAUUAAUAGUGCGAGCGAAGAUAUUAUUACAAUCGUUAUGGCGUGAGAAGAUCGAUUGGGACGAACCCGUUCCAGUGAACAUACAAGAACAAUGGUUUGAGUAUCGAACACAAUUAUCCGCGAUUAACAGGUUAUCGAUAUCACGAAAAAUUACAAACAACUUAAAAUCAUGUGUUAUUGAGGUCAACGGAUUUUCGGACGCUAGUACAUUAGCGUAUGGAUGCUGUUUAUAUUUAAGAUGUACAGAUAAUGCGGGUAUCCAUCAUACCAAUCUAAUAUGCGCAAAAUCCAAGGUAUCGCCUUUGAAAACAUUGUCAUUACCACGACUGGAGCUUUGUGCGGCACUAUUGUUAACGCGCCUAGCGAAUAAAUUAAUACCAAAGUUAAAAUUAAAAAUUAGCCAACUGUAUUUUUGGACUGAUUCAGAAAUAAUAUUAGCAUGGAUCGCCUCAUCUUCGACGAAAUGGAGAACUUUCGUAGCACAUCGGGUAACCGAAAUCCAAAACAAAACAACAAAGAACCAAUGGAGACACGUUAGUACAUACCCGGCUGACGUAAUAUCUAGAGGUUGUUGUCCAUCUAAAUUAAUUAACCUGAACCUAUGGUGGUCUGGUCCUAACUGGUUGACGGAAGAUAAGUAUAAUUGGCCCAAAUAUCCAGAUACUCAUCAGAAAUUAGAAAAUAUUCCGGAAACUAAAGAUAAUGACAUUAACGUUCUGUGCGUAAUCGGUCAUGAAGAAUUUAUAGUAAAUAAUUAUGAGUCAUUAACUAAGUGUAUUAGAGUAACCACUAAUUGUCGAAGGUUUAUAAAUAACGCGCGUACGCAUAAAAAUGAUAUUAAAUUAACAGGUCCUUUAAUACCAGAAGAAUUGGAAAAGGCGACUUUAAAGCUGAUAAAAAAUACACAAAAUAUUGGCUUCGCUAACGAAUUACGGGAGCUGUCGAACGGCAAGGCAGUACCAGCCAAUAGCAAACUUUUUCAUCUUAGGCCAUUUAUCGAUAGUAACGGUGUUAUACGCGUUGGUGGUAGGUUGAAAAACGCCGCAACAAUCGAUAUUUUUCAACGGCACCCCAUUGCCUUACCCUCGAACUGUACGUUUGCAAAAAUGUUAUUUCGUGAACAACAUAAAAGUCUAAUGCAUGGUGGUCCACAGAUUUUAUUAACAACUAUUCGAUUGAAAUAUUGGCCUAUUAACGGUCGGAAUUUAGCACGUAAUACGGUGCACAUGUUUUUGUAA